AUACGUUAUUUUUUAUUUAUUAUUCCUUCCUUUUGAAUAUUAUUAACUUAGCUAAUCUUUAAACAAUGCGUCAACUAAAGGGAAAGGUCAAGGAAACUCGCAAACAAAAAAAGGAGCGCAAAAUGGAAAACGUCGCCAUACACAAUCAAAUGAAAACGGUGGUUCUUCCGGUAUUGGGUGUACUGACGCUAAUUAUUAUUGCAUUUGUUUACAUCAAAACAAGGCCAUCGGCAAUGAUGGCAUAAAAAGUGUGGCAAAACUUUUUCCGUACCUGAAAAUCACGGGUGCAAUGUUAGGCCUCAUAGGUCUAAACACGAUAAUGUUUAAGAAAAUGUCAGUGUUUCCGGUGUAAUAAUAGUAUUUAUUAUCUGUAACUAUAUAUCUUGGCUUGUUUAUACUUUCAUUGUCGAGUUCCAAUUUUUUUAUAUUAAAAAAUAUUUUGUAUUUAUUUUUAUACCUUUACAAAUUUAAUAAUAUUUGAUUAUUAAACACA